CUCAUCGCAUCCCCGCAGGCUCUGUGUGCUGCUGUGACCACCAGCGACCUGGCCGAGACGCUGUCUCUCCUGUUCUGCGGGGCCGAAGUCAACUGCUACUCGGGGGAGUCCGGCCACCCGUCCCCGCUCGCCCUGGCAGAGGAGGCCGGCCAGAGGCUGCAGAUGGAGUUCCUGUCGCACAACAAGAACUCAGAGAUCCCUCGCCUGGACGCGGACACCGGGAGCCAGAACCUCUACUCGGUGGCCCUGCCUUCCGUCACGCACAAUGGCUUCCUCUUCAAGACGGCCUCCAUGGCGAAGCCGGCCCACGAACGGAAACCCCGAGAAGAGUUCAGUCGCCGCUGGUGCCGCCUCCACGACGGUGCUUUCAGCUACUACGAGAACGAGCACGCCACCGUGCCCAGCGGAGAGAUCCGGAUGCAGCAGAUUGUGUGCCUGGUGAAUCACCCACCGGACACCCACGGGGUCGCGAAUACAUUUGAGGUGUACGUCGAUUCGGAGCGACUCUACCUGUUUGGGCUGGACAGCCCGGAGGCAAUCCGGGAGUGGACGAAGUGCCUGGCGAAGUCCUUCAUCCCUGCCCCCGCGGAGGGUCUCCUGAACAAAGACUUUGAGCGCCUCGGGCGACUGCAUUACAAGGGCGGCCUGAACUUGGAGCGGGCGAAGGAAGGCUGGUUUGCCUUGGUGCGUUCCACCCUCUACGCCUACCUGGACGGCAGCGAGAAGGAAGAGGCCAUUCACCUGCGGAAGCUGCAGGAGCUCUCUAUCCAGGGUGACAAUGAAGUGCUGGUACUGGUGGAGAGGAGAAGGACGCUGUACAUCCAAGCUGAAAGGAAGCUGGACUUCUUGGGAUGGGUCGGCGCGAUCCAGAAGGCGGCCGGGUGCUCCGGAGACACUUUGUCCGAGCAGCAGCUGACGGAUUCCGAGGUCCCCAUCAUCGUGGACCGGUGCAUCGAUUACAUCACCCGCUGUGGACUGACCUCGGAGAAGAGCGGGCAGAACUCCAAGACCACCGGGCUCCUGGAGGUGCUCCGGAGAGACGCGCGCAGGGUCCGGCUCAAGGAGGAGGAGCAUCACGUGGACGACGUGGCCAACACGCUGAAGCGUUUCUUCCGGGAGAUCGGCGACGGGCUGUUUACCAAGGAUUGCUCCCAAGCCUGGCUCAGGGCAACAGCAAUCGAGGAUAGCAGAGAGAAGAUCAGCCAGUAUCAGACGCUCCUGAGCUGCCUCCCGGUUGUCAACAGAGCCACACACGCCGGUGACUUCAUCUGCACGGUCUACCUGGAAGAGAAGAAGACAGAAGCCGAGCAGCACAUUAAGAUUCCGGCCACCAUGACGGCAGAAGAACUGACUUUUGAAAUCUUAGACCGAAGGAAAAUCGUCACAAAGGACAAAGAUUACUGGAGCUGUUUUGAAGUCAGCGAGCGGGACGAAGCAGAACGGCCUUUGCACUACAGCGAGAAGGUCCUUCCCAUCGUGCACAGCUUGGGGAAGGACAGCUACCUGGUGGUGAAGAGACAAAUGGCCAUGGAGCACAUGCUGGUCUACACAGGUAAGAGCCACAAGCCAGAGAAGGAGUGGCCGGUGAAGAAUCUGAAGGUCUACUUGGGAAUCAAAAAGAAAGUCCGCCCUUCGACCUGCUGGGGCUUCACUGUCUUCUUCGAGAACGACAAGCAAGAGAAGCAGCAGUGGUACGUAGCUCAG